CAGAAGUGUUCAAAAUAUUAAAGAGUAAAAACCUCUCAGAGAGCGUUAGUGAUGUCCGGUGGCUGAUUUCUGUCGGCAGACUCCCUGUGAGAGCUGUGGUUUCUUGGAGUUGUUAUGUUACAACCAAAGUCUGUCCAGUGAUUUAUUGUAACGACGACGAGACACAACAGCACCUCUUCAUAGACUGCUACAGAGCUCAAGAGGUCUGGACCACCUUGAAAGGACUCUGUCUCUCUUUUGAUAUCAGCUACAAUUCAGUCAUGUACGGACCCCUAGAAGAGAAAAUGCCCCCCGAAACAAAAAGAACUGUUUCAGCUCAUUAUAUGCAUUGUGUCCGUGAAACUUUGGAAAACCAGAUGUGCCAUGGUUUUAAAUCAGACUGUCAUUGACAGCGACAUGGUCGUGAAACACGUGCUGGCUGACCUCCGGAGGAGGAGAACUGUAGAUAACAGACUGUUACUUCCCUGGAACAUACAGGACUUUUAAGGUCUUAUCUCUCUGUGCGCUUUAUUGCUUGGCUCCUUGUAUUAGCAAACACUUUUACCACAUUGUAUUAUGUAUAAUAUUCAUUUAUGAUAUGUAUUGAAGUAUUUAUGUUGCGCUUUUGUUUUUUGUCAUUGAACUUGUUGAAACUUAAUAAAGAUUUAUUUAAAAAAGAAGAAGAAGAAGAAGAAAAGGCUCGGUAAAGGAGCGGCACCGUAAAGUGCUCCGUGAGAGGAUCCAACCACGCGGAGGAGUGAAGCAACAAAACAAAACAAAAAAAACAGAAUGUUGAGCAGGUCUGCUGGGAGGAAGUUCCAGUUUCUGCUCACAGAAGAAACACUGUCAAGGUUUUCCCCAGUCUGCACAGCACCUACACAGGGCGAGGACAGUAUGUGGACACUGAUUCUUCAGUUGGUUUUCACUGGUUUAUACUUACAGAUACCCACAAUCUACCCAUCAUGCACUUUGUACGGCCUUGUAGCUAAUUGCGACUUCCAGCACCACUACUGGGUUCCUGCUCUGCCUCCCAACAUCACCCACCUCUACCUGGGUGUAAACUACAUCAGUGAGAUCAACAGCACCUCGCUCAGAGCCUAUGAACAACUGCAACAAUUAGAUCUUGGAAUGCAGAAAGUGCCGCUUGUCAUAAGAAACAACGCUUUCCUCAGGCAGAGAAAACUGACAAAGUUGGUCCUAGGCCAAAAUAAUGGUCUUCAACUGGAGCCAAGGGCAUUUGCAGGACUGUUCAAUUUACAACACCUCUUUUUGGAUUAUUGCAAUUUGACAGACUCCAUACUGGCAGAAAACUAUCUGCAGCCGCUUUUGUCCUUAGAAAUGCUUGAUCUCUUUGGUAACAAAAUAGUGAGACUCCGACCUGGACUGUUCUUUCCACAACUCACACAUUUCACACAGCUAAACCUCAAAUUAAACCAGAUUGAAAGAUUAUGUGAAGAGGAUCUUGUUGGUUUCCAGGGGAAAAAAUUCACACUCCUGAACUUGCACUCCAAUCACUUAUACACAACGUAUAGUCAAGAUUUUGACUGGAAAAAAUGCGGGAACCCUUUCAGAGGGAUGGCCUUUGAUAUGCUUGACUUAUCCAGCAAUGGGUUCAGCGUGAACACAUCGAAACAAUUUUUCAGAGCAAUAAAGGAGACUCCAAUUGCUCAUCUAAAAAUCUCUGGAAACAUGGGCAAAGGCUUUUCAUAUAACAAUCUCCCAGAUCCAGAUGAAAGCACAUUCGAAGGCCUCAUGAACAGUGCAGUUAACAUUUUAGAUCUGUCUAAUAAUUAUCUAUUUGCUUUGCAGAGGGCUGUUUUCAGUCCUCUAAAAGAUGCAAUGAUUAUUGACAUUUCCAAAAACAAAAUCAAUCAGAUAAACAGAAAUGCCUUCAAUGGUCUUCAAGGAAAUUUACGAAUGCUCAACCUCUCAUUCAACCUUCUAGGAGAAAUAUAUUCUCACACAUUCACCAAUCUGACAGACCUUAGGGUGUUGGAUUUGUCUUACAACCAUAUUGGUGUAUUGGGACACAAAGCAUUCAGCGGUCUUCUCAAAUUACGAGCGUUAUUUCUGACAGGAAACUCACUUCGAGAUUUGGGUUUUCCGGAGCCAUUACCACACUUAGAUUUACUUCUUUUGGGCGACAAUAAGCUGAAUUCACUAAGCAGUAUCAUUUCCUGGGGCAUGAACAGUAUCCAUGUGGACGUUGUAGACAACCGAUUAACAAACUUGGAGGAUGUUUAUGUCAUUUUAUCUCAUUUCAAUCGUCUCCAGAAUUUCUUCUAUGGUGGCAACUUCAUCAAGUGGUGCAUACUAAGGCCGAAUGUUAAAGUACCUCAUAAUAAUAGUUUACAAGUGCUGGAUCUUCAUGAUAGUUCCCUGCAGACCAUUUGGGCGCAGGGGAAGUGCCUCGACCUGUUUGAUCAUCUAGAGUAUCUGCGUGGUCUAAAUUUAAGCUUCAACUUCCUUGCGACUCUCCCACAAGGGAUUUUCAGCGGUCUCAGCUCGAUCAUAGAGAUCGACCUCUCGUCUAAUGCCUUAACCUAUCUUCAGCCAGAUGUCUUUCCGGUCAGCCUGAAAAGACUAGACCUCUCAAAGAACUUCCUAGCAUCCCCGGACCCUACGACUUUUCGGUAUCUCAGCACCUUCAGCAUGGCGGCAAAUCGGUUCCACUGUGAUUGCAAUCUGGAGAGCUUCCUGGAGUGGCUGAACAAGACGAAUGUAACCUUCUUGAGCCCAGUUGAGGAGUACAGAUGUGAGUUUCCAGCAGCUCUCCAUAACCUUCCGCUGUUACAUUACGCCACAAUCGUUAAACCGUGUAAUGAAGACGACGAAAAGGCCAUCCAAGCUCUUAAGUUUGCUGUCUUCAUCAUCUCUGCUCUCCUCAUCAUCACUGUCCUCCUCAGCGGGAUUGUUUACGCCCGUUUCCGAGGGCACAUAUUCAUCAUCUACAAAAAGAUUGUUGGCAGGGUUCUCGAGGGCCCAAAACCGACGCCUCCCGUGGACAAGAUGCAGUACGAUGCCUUUCUCUGCUUUAGCGACGGUGACUACGACUGGGUGGAGGCUGCUUUGCUGAAGAAGCUGGAUAACCAGUUUUCAGAGGGGAACAUCUUCCGCUGUUGUUUCGAGGCCAGAGACUUCCUGCCAGGUGAAGAUCACCUUUCCAACAUCAGAGAUGCCAUCUGGUGCAGCAGGAAGACUGUGUGCAUCAUCUCCAAGCAGUUCCUUAAAGAUGGUUGGUGCUUGGAGGCGUUCACUCUGGCACAGGGCCGGAUGCUGGAGGAGCUGACAAAUGUCCUGAUUAUGUUGGUGGUAGGGAAGGUGGCUCACUACCAGCUGAUGAAGUGCAACGCAGUCAGAGCUUUUGUCCAGAGGAGAGAGUACCUAAUCUGGCCAGAGGACCCUCAGGACCUGGAGUGGUUUUAUGAGCGGCUCGUCUCACACAUACUCAAAGACACUAAGGUGAAAAAGUUUGCAGAUGACAAAUCUGAGCUUGCACAGCCUGACAUUCAACCUCAGAGUGAAGACAAUGUCCAGCUUGAAAACAUUCGAGCAAUUGCCAUGUGAACUCUCACUGUAUGUUAAUGAAAACCUACAUUAACCAAUGUAACCUGUUGAUACCAACAUCCACCCCACUGAAGUGUCAUCAGUAAGCUAGUACUCAGACUCGUUAGCAGGAUGAGGAAGAACUUCUCCCUUGCAAAUGCUUUUGUUUAAGGCGAAAAAGGAAAAUUGGUAUUACCAACAUUCAGUGGAAGUAAAAGCAAAAAAAUCUUUCAUAUUUGAGUUUUACAGAACCAGAUGUACGUAGAACCUGCCAGAACCUUCUCAUUCUGCUCGACUGUAGACAGUCCUGAACAGUUUUAUGUUUAAAUAUUUUUGUGUGUUUAGGUCUUUUGUGGCAUAGUAUUAAAUCAAUUUAUAAUUCCUUUUCCUAUGUUGUCUUUUGUCAUUGUUAGUGUUACAGCACUCCCUGACCCAAUGUACAGUACAACGAAAUUAUUGUUAUUAUGUUAUUGGAAUAAAUAAAAUGUAACGUUAA